AUGCUCGUAGCCGCGGCUGUUGCUGCCUGCCUCCUUGUUUUCCUGCUGAUGCUCAACCGCACCAGAGCCCAGCUGGGUCAAACGUUCACGUUGGACCUGCUGGUCUCGAAGAUAACCGUCAUCAUGGGCCGCGAGGGAAGCAAGCAGUUCUUUGAGGUCCCUGACCAAGUGCUCGACUUCAAUAAGGCCAUCGCUGUUGUUGCGCAAAACGUGCUCGGCACGAAGGGCUUCGCCGACAGCGAGUGGCUCGCCAAGUCGCCCGGCUACGUGGCCCAGGGCUUCAUGCGUCACGACAAGCUCAACAACUACAGCCUGGUUAUCCAGGAGGAGGUUACCAAGCACAUGCAGCAGUGGUUCAAGGAGGAGAAGGUGGACAUCUUCGAGGUCAUGUCGCACUUGGUCACGUGCAUCAACAUCCGGUGUAUUCUGGGCGAAAAGGCCUACAAGGACCACGCCGACGAGAUCUCCCGCAUCUACUUCCAGCUGGAGAACAACGCCGUGAACACGUUUUCGAUGAUGUUUCCCAACCUGCCGAGUCCCACCAAGAUCAAGAACGAGAAGGCCAGGGAAAGACUGGUCGAAAUCAUCACCAAUCUUCUCACUUCGGACGAAGGAAAGGAGGCCAAGGACUACGUGGCCAUGAUCUACCAGAGCGAAGGCGACAACCAUGCCAUCAUCAACUACGUCGUGCAUGGCCUCGGCCUCAUGUUCGGCGCUCACACCAACACUGCUGGCACGUUGGGCUGGGUCACUGCUGAAUGGGCCAACGACAAGGCUCUGAGGGAUAAGGCAAGGAAGGAGCAGGAGCAGCUCGCCGCCGAAUUGGGCGAGGAGGCCGAGCAGAUGUCGUCCAAGUUCAUCUCCCAACUGAACUACAUGGACGCCUGCAUGAAGGAGAGCGUGCGCAAGUACAGCACGCUCCUGCUGGUCCGAUUGGCCAUGCAGGACGUCUGCUUCACCACUGCUGAUGGCCAAGAGUUCCUCCUCCCCCAGGGCCGCACAGUGGCAUUUUCCCCAUUCCUGACGCAUUACAACGAGGAAAUCUACCCGGACCCCUCCCGCUAUGACCCCGAGAGGUUCACCGACCUCGAGAGGAAGCUAUUCCUCACCAGCAACCGCCAUUUCGUCCAGUUUGGUGCUGGUGUACACAAGUGCCCGGGCGAGCGGUUUGCCAAUCUGGUCAUCAAGUCCACGCUUUCCCUGGUUCUCCGUUCCAGCCAGUUUGAGCUCGUAGGCGCUGAACUCCAGCCGCCUGACUAUCAGAAACAAGCUGGGACACCAAGCCCUGUCGCUCCGAUCUGGGUGCGAUUCCGCCCUACCACUACCGUGUAA